AUGACGAACUGGAUCCUCGGCGAGAAAUUCUACGAGCGAUAUCCCCAUCUUAGUGGUGUCCAGGCCCUUUGGGAAACCAAAUGGAAGGUUCCCUGCUCGUUGAGCGUCUAUCCAUUCCAUGACGGCAAACUCGAAGACUUUGCGCCCAUUUUCCAGAAACUGAUCCAGGAUAAUGUCAAUGACGCUUACUCGGAUACAUACACCCAAUAUUUCCUCCCCGCGGCGGAAAACCUCACCGAUGCAGCCCUCUCAGCCCAAGCCUCGGAUCGCGUCAAAGCGGCCGAGCUCUUCAAGCGCGCAGCAUCUGUCUACCGUAUUUCUCGAUUCCCUUCACUCGAGGCUGGUACAGGAUUGAAGAGAAAGGCCUUUGAAAUGCAAAAGCAAGUGUAUCUGAGAGGGGCCAGUUUAUGGGACGCCCCCAUGAAGGAGGUCCAAAUUCCACACACUGCAGCUGAAGGCGAAGACGGUGAGGAGAUACCGUUGUUUGUGAGGCUACCGUCCGGCGCGAGCCACACCAACAAAUGCCCGGUUGUAUUGCUAAUCACAGGACUCGAUGGGCACCGGCCAGACAACACUGGGCGAACGGACGAAUUUCUAGCUCGUGGUUGGGCCUGUGUGAUCAUGGAAAUCCCCGGGACUGCAGAUUGUCCAGCUGCACGACGCGAUCCCAAAUCUCCAGAUCGCUUAUUUACCGCCAUCCUCGACUGGAUGGAUCAUCAGCCAUAUUUCAACAUGCGAAAAUGCAUAGCCUGGGGGCUCUCCGCGGGCGGUUACUAUGCCAUUCGAGUUGCGCACACGCAUCAUUCACGGCUGGCAGGGAGCAUCGGACAAGGUGCCGGAUCCCAUCUAUUCCUUUCCCGAGAAUGGCUUGAGCAUGUUGAUGAUCAUGAGUAUCCCUUCAUUCUCAGCGAGGCUUAUGUAUCCAAAUACGGCUACAAAGAUUGGGAGGAGCUCCUUCAAAAUGCUCAAAAAGACUUCAGUCUGGUUGAAAGUGGACUGCUGAACGGACCAUGCUGCAGAUUGCUUCUUGUCAAUGGUACAUGGGAUGGUCUCAUCCCGAUCGAAGAUAGUAUUCUGCUCAUGAACUACGGUCGCCCCAAGGAAGCCCGGUUCUAUGAAAAAAUGCUGCAUAUGGGAUAUCCGCCAGCGAAUGAGUGUAUCUGGCCCUGGAUGGAGUCGGUCAUGGCUACAGCAUCAUAG